AUGACCGUUGCGUUUUUCGUACCUUCAGCAACGGAUGGUGGUACUAUCCUCGAAACAAAAGUUAUAAUGAAGAGGGAUAGUACUGUACAAGUAUGCGGUCAAGAUUUGGCGAAUGCUCUCAGCGUAGUAUGCGGUGAAGGAUACAACGAAGAAAGGAAGAGAAAGAGGAACUUUGGUACGGAGCUAGCUGAAAUUGAUUCUUAUCCUCAAUGGCUCGCCUUUGCCUUGACAUCGAGCGGUCAACGUGAAGCCAGGCAAACCAAUCCUGAACAGAUAGCUUUCCACAACAGAAGACCGAGAGGUAUUGUUGAUGAGUGUUGCAUGCGAUCUUGUACAAUUGAAACUCUCAUGUCCUACUGCGCACGUUUGUAUUAAAACAUUAAGAUACUGUGUUGAUAGAGUACUAACGUAAAUGCGAUUGUGGAUUAAAAUUGUUUGCAGU